AUGUGUGGGAUGCUUAUGGAUUUCAACUGGACUGAAAUAAUCAAAAGGAGACAACUCCUCAGAGAGGCAUUUGCUGGUUUUGAUCCCAAGAUUGUGAGCAAAAUGGGUGAAAAAGAAAUAAGUGACAUAUCCUCCAACAAAGAACUAAAUUUAGCAGAAAGCAGAGUCCUCUGCAUUCUGGACAAUGCAAAAUGCAUAACAAAGGUGAGUGAAGAAUGUGGAUCAUUCAGCAACUACAUGUGGGACUAUGUGAGUUACAAACCAGUGAUCAACAAAUUCAAACAACCAAGAAAUGUUCCACUGAGGAGUUCAAAGGCAGAGGUGGUGAGCAAGGAUCUGGUGAGACGCGGGUUCAGGUUCGUGGGGCCCGUCAUCGUGUACUCGUUCAUGCAGGCGGCUGGGAUGACCAUCGACCAUCUCGUCGACUGUUUCAGAUAUGCAGAAUGUGUUAAUCUUGCUGAGAGGCCAUGGAGGCAUGUGUGA